AUGCAAGUGCAAAGAAUCCUGAAGCGCGAGAGCGCCAAUCGCCCAGAAGUUACUGUCGACACAACCUCCUGUCCGGAAUGGUACUUGGCAUUGGCAACGAGCAUUGGGUUAGUUCAAGGGGGUGACGCCUUCGACUCAUUCCAACAGUGCCGGUCACGGGUGCUCGACUCACCGAACGUGGUGGUGCACGACCUGUGCAACUUUAAAGUCUGUGCUUCCAUUCGCAAGUACGGACAGGUGGUCGUUACGCAAGCACACCUUGCACAUUCGCAAUUUUUGUUCACAACCAAAGCGGACGCCCACCGGAGCGAGCUUCCCACAGCAGCAGCGAGGAAAACCAUGACCGACGACGACGCUACGGCGAUCAGGACGCAGCGAAGAACGUUGCGGAAUACGUCGCCCGAUCCCGACGUACAAUUACUUACGAGCAACAUCAUUCGAGCUGCGAUCAUGAAGGCGACGGGAGUGAAUACGGCCGGCACAUUCAUAACCAAUGUGAAGAAGCUGGCACUGGACUUGAUCUCCGGCACAGUUGCUGCAGGGUACCAAAAGCUGCACGCGUACAUGGUCCAACUCGCCGAAGACAAUGGCGGUACAUACAGCGUGUUUGA